AUGACGGGGGGGGUUGAGAGGAGAUGGGAGACUCUGAGCAAAAGAUUGAAACUGGAGAGGAGAAAAGAAGGUAAGAAAAGCCGGCAGGCAGCCCAGGUCCGCAGGGCUCAUGGAAACACUCUCCAACGUUCCGGGAUACGAACACGGGCCUCUGGCGGGUCUAGCUCCGGACAAGACACACGAACCCACCCGAGAGAGAGGUCGAGAGCCGGCCUCCACUCCGCCCUCUGCCCGCCUCCCCGCCCCCUCCCAGACUUGCCCGGGGGUGGUGGUGGGGACACGAGGACGGCCAGAGAGAAGAGAGGGAAGGCGCGCGCUCUGAACCCCAGCCCAGGAAGGGGAACUCACCCGAGCCCCCUGAGGCACAGCGUUCUUACCCAAGCUCCCGGCCAGUUCGCCUCUUUCGCCUGCCCGCCCUCCGAGGUGGCGGUGGCUGCAGAGACGCCUCCUCCUCUUCCUUCAGUAGCCGGCGGCGGGUCUCCUCACCCCUCUGAGCCGAGGAUUGCCAUCUCCCAGCGGCAGCCGCCCCAGCGUCGGCCCCCAAGCGGUGCAGGCCGCCUGCAGCCGCACGGACCCCACCAGCCAGGGAGACUGCAGACUACGGGGUCCCCUUCCCCCCCACCCCAACCCUCAGCCCCGAACCGCACGCCGCCUGGAUCCAGCCCCACACCUCCUUCCGCGGGAACGAGUUCUGUCCGUCCCCUCGUCCGCGGCGCCGCGCCCCGAGCGCGCGCCGCCGCCGCCACCCCCGCCCCCCGUCACUAUGCCCGGGAGCACGCGCAACACUGCCACAUCCACCCGGCCUCCAUUAUGCUCGGGAGCGCGCGCAACGCCGCCGCCACCCCAUACACAACUUUGCCCGGGAGCGCGCGUAGCGCCGCCACGGUCGCCGCAGAGAAAUCCGGCCCGGCCUAAGAACCGGUUCUCUGAGCAUGCGCAGAAGCGUCUGCCGGGGUACGACUACCAUUUAGAUUUAAUUUGUCCGGGUCUUCCCAGCAGUCAGGAGGGAGGCGGAGACGGUAGUGAGAGGUGAGAAAGAGACUGAACCUGAGAAGGGGCGGAGUUCCUGCAGAAACCUGGAAAACGGGGCAGGUUUCCGAGAGAAAGUCGUGGCUCUGACUUUUAAAGUUUGUCAGCCGAAAUGCUGGCUUGAGUUGAAGAAAUCCGAUGCACAGCUUAGCUGCAGCAAAGGAAAAUGUUCUUGGAAGAAAACGAGUGAAACAUGUGACACGAGGCUCUGGGUGAAGGACUGUGUCUGAAACCUCUUCGGGAUCAUAUCUUCCACCACUAUCCCCGCAGGAGGCAUCACAACCUGGGAACUGAACGGGCCUGAGACAAUAUCAACCUGGCCUCUCUUGACAACAACCUGCAACAUUGAUUUUUAAAGUGGUACCUCCCCAAGAGGCACUCGUUUUUUAUUUGCAAAUUAGGAAACUGAGGCCAAGUGAUUUACCCAAGGACACACACUAGGUGAAGUAAAUAAAAUCAGAAGAAAAGCAUAUACAAUGAUUGUGAUAAUAUAAUGGAAAGAGAACAAGAAGGAAGUUGAACAAUGAGGAAUUAUAAUAAACUCUUGAUUCUAGAGAACAGAUAAUUAAACAUAAUUAUUUCCUAUCAGGAGAGGAAGGGGACUAUACUCAACAGGAUGAUAUAUACAUUGUUAGUUAUUGCCACUGUUUUUUAUUAUUUUUGCUUAAGUAUUUUGCUUUGUUGAAAUGGAGGUUUUGUUUCUGGAGAUGAUGAAAGGCAUCAACAAACCUUUUUUAAUUUUAAAGAAUCAGUGUGAAUUUACUAAUUAUCUGAAGACCUGGAGGAAGUGAAUAAGAAUGAAGUGUAGAGAAUGAUUCCAAAUUGAAUGACUGGAAGAACUGUACUGCUCUCACCGGAAAUAGAGAAAUUAAGAGGAGCACCUCAAGGGGGAAAGAUGAUGAGUCUUUUUUGGACAUGUUGAAGUUUAUCAGACCUAUGGGGAAUCCAAGUAAAGAUUUCCAAGGAGCAACUGGUGAUUGAGAUUAGAAUUAAGGAGAGAGAUGAUGAUUUAACUUAUGGAACGUUGAGGAAAGAUUAUAAUGAGAGAUAAGAUACACAAUGACCAACCAUGAUUCUGGAAGAUGGAUGAUGAAGCAUACUACCUACCUCUACACAAGUGAAGUGAUGGAUUUAGGGGGAGAUAUAAACCAUGCAGGAAUUUGUUGUGCUUGA